AUGUCUGAAGAAGAGAGCAACCCGUGGAGGCAAAGCGUUUCAGGCUCUCCAACCACCCACGGCGCCCCAGGCGUUGCCUGUGCAUGUAGCCCAACCACCGCCAGUAUCAAUUCCGAUGUGGUUCCAACCGGUGUUGUCGGAAUCCUUCUUCUUGGCAUUGUUGGUAUUGGUAGUCUUCUUGGAGGGUUGCUCGGUGGAGUCGCGAGUGUUGGCAUUGUUGGGAGGGUUCUCCAAGUGCUCGUCCUCGCCCUGAUCGCGCGAAGGUGCGGCCGAAGUAACAUUAGGCUCACACUUUUCAUCCUUCCAACCGGUGGGGUCUCAGCCCUGGCCUAUCUUCUUGGUCCUCAUGGUGUUCUCGGUGGAAGCGGCAGAGCUAGCCUUGCUCGCAUGCUCAUCCGCGUCCCAGAAGCCACUGUGGCCUUGAUCAUGAUCUGCUGGCUCCGCUAUCUCCGCUAUAUCGCUAUGCAUUGA